ACGUCAAGGUGUGUGACGUCACGUGCGACCGGCUCAAAGAAAGCAGACAUGGCGCAGAUGUGGAGUUCGGCCUCCGGAGGCCUCGCCGCGCUUCCCGGCGCCUUCUACUCGCUCCCCGGGCCCGGCGCGGCCGCGGCCCUCGGGCCCGCGAGGCACACGCUGAACCCCAUGGUGGCCGGGGCGUCCGUACUGGGCAUCAAGUUCAAUGGCGGGGUGCUGGUGGCGGCUGACAUGCUGGGCUCGUACGGCUCGCUGGCCCGCUUCCGCAACAUCUCCCGCCUCAUGGCGGUCAACGACAAGACAUUGCUGGGGGCAUCGGGCGACUACGCCGACUUCCAGUACCUCAAGGAUGUCCUGGAGCAGAUGGUGAUUGACGAUCAGGUGUUGGAGGAUGGACACUACUACACCCCCAAGGCCAUUCACUCCUGGCUUACCCGGGUGAUGUACAACAGGAGGAGCAAAUUCAAUCCACUGUGGAACACGAUCGUGGUUGGAGGCUACCACAAAGGGGAGAGUUUCCUUGGCUACGUGGACAAGCUGGGUGUGGCUUACGAGUCUCCCGUGGUGGCGACAGGAUUCGGAGCUUACCUGGCCUUGCCUCUCUUGAGGGACGAGCAAGAGAAGAAUCCAGACAUGUCCCAGCAGGAGGCCAUGGAGCUAAUGGAGCGCUGCCUCAAGAUCCUCUAUUAUCGCGACGCUCGUUCCUACAACAAGUUUGAGAUAGCGGUGGUGACGAAGGAGGGCUCCAAGGUGCUGCCUCCCGCCACCCUGGAGACCAACUGGGACAUUGCCUACAUGAUCAAGGGAUUUGAAUGAGGAUCUUGGAUGCAUGCGUUCCUGGCUAUAGUUUGUGGGGGUGGUGAAAAGAUACCCGAUGCAGAUUGGAUAUUGGAGUUUGUUUUUAUUUCCAGGAUUGUUUUUUUUCAUAAGUUGUAUGUGAGUAUAAGUUGUCCAUUACACGGGUUCUGGAGAGGCCCUACUUUUGCAACGUGAAAACAAAAAAUGUACCUGACCGCGGCGUUAAUAAUAAACCCAUUAAAUUAC